GUAAUCUGAUAACCUUUAUCACUUUAGUACACUACGAAUAAACAAAAACAAAUUCACAGAUUUUUUAAUUAAUCUGAAAUCAAAUACUUUUCAAAGCCAGCUUUUAUAUUUUUUUGUGAAAUCACAAACGAACAGUUAAUCAACAAGUGUGACAAGAUAAACUUAUUGAACUCGCCAAUAUAACCAAUAUUUGUUAAUAACAUUUGAUCAUAUAUCAAAUUAUUACUACUAUCGGUUCAAAAUGGCAUUCGCAGGAAAAGUAAUUUUAAUAACAGGUGCUAGUUCAGGAAUCGGCGCCGCUACCGCUAAGCAAUUUGCUGGUCUAGGUGCGACACUUGCACUAGCCGGUAGGAACAUGGAUAACUUGAAACAAGUUGCUUCCGAUUGUUCUACAAAAUCUAUUCCGUUAUUACUAACUGGGGAAUUAACCAAUGAAAAAGAUACAAAAGCAAUCGUAGAUAAAACUAUUGAACAUUUUGGAAAACUAGAUGUUCUAAUCAACAACGCUGGUAUUCUUGAAACAGGUACCAUUGAAACCACCACUCUCGAUCAGUAUGAUAGAUUGAUGAACACCAACGUAAGAUCAAUGUAUCACCUUUCUAUGCUUGCUGUACCACACCUUAUUAAAUCAAAAGGCAGUAUCGUUAACGUCAGUAGUGUUAAUGGUCUAAGAGCAUUUCCAGGAGUAUUAGCGUACUGUAUGUCUAAAGCUGCAGUGGAUCAGUUUACUAGAUGUGUUGCUUUAGAACUAGCGCCAAAGCAAGUUCGGGUGAAUUGUGUAAAUCCAGGUGUUACUGUAACUAAUCUUCAUAAACGAGGAGGAAUGAAUCAAGAACAGUAUGAGGCUUUCUUGAAAAAAACUCAAGAAACUCAUGCUUUAGGUAGACCCGGUAAGCCUGAGGAAGUUGCUAGAACAAUAAUUUUUUUGGCUAGCGAGGAUUCUAGUUUUAUCACUGGAGCUACUGUUCCUGUUGAUGGUGGUAGACACGCUAUGUGCCCUAGAUAGAACAUGCCUAACAUUGUAGUAAUUCUUGUAAAAUUAUGUAAUAAAGUUGGUUAUUUGGU